AUGACGGGGAAGCAAACUAGGUUGGAGGGGUUCGGCUGGCUGGGAGCGUGGCAGAAGAACAAACAGACGGGCAGGCGGGCAGUCUACACGCUGCCCAUCCUUGUGAAGCUAUCAUCAUUUACCAGCAUCAACAUGAGAGCUAUUGUACUGCUGUGUCUGCUGCAUGCAGCCUCUGGUCAGUAUUUCUGGAACUCACCUGAUUCCACGACAAGUUAUCCAGAACAUGAUGUUUGCCUUUUGGAUCAGACAUCAUGUGGCUGCUGUCUGAUGCAGAAGCAGAUGCACAGGAUGGUGAAGUUCUUCAACCUAACCCACAAAUUAAUGAGCGCGGGGCUGAGAAAAUCACAGAUGGCCCUUGACACUGUGAAAGCCAGCCGCAGUGUCUUCUCUGUCGGCCUCAACGAUCACAAAAACAUGAGCUGCUACGGCCCCUUUAGCACUACACAAAUCAUCAUCUACAAACACGUCUUCAUUAAUUGGGACAAUGUCUACAGCACGGACACUGGUAUCUUCACCGUUCGCAGCUCUGGUGUCUACAGCAUUUCCGUCACCAUCUACACACCUCGUUCUGCUGGUAGCAUCAGUGGCGCCUGCGCCUAUCUGCAGCUCAACGGCAUGGACGUGGCUGUACUCUUCGAACAAGAAAACCAUGACUUGCAAGACAGUUUCACUGCUGUUGUGACUCUGGAGCUGAGGGCUGGAGACCAGAUGGCAGUCCUCCUGACGGCAAGAUGUUUCAUCUGUGAUAACACAAACCACUUUAACACUUUCACUGGCUUCCUGCUGUACGCUACUGAUUCAUAUGGCAAAAAGUAGCUGUUGUGGGUCUUAUACUGACAGUUUCUGAGUCUGUUAGAAGAACACGACUUGUAGCCCUUGAUCUCUGUCUGAUUUGUACUAUCACUCAUCCCGACACAACACCGUCAUCAUUAUUUUGUGCUCCGCUAUUUUUCCUGAGAUCACUUCCCGUCAGUUAUGAAUAUUACUUUCUGAGGGAAGCCAGGUUAUUAAUCAGCCUCUGAUGUCUUUUGCACUGUAACAGCUGUUGAUUUUUAAAUCUACUGAAAUGAUGUGAUGUAGGCUUAACUGUAAUAUAAAUAUAUAUAUUAAAAAAAAGUGUACCUGAAACCUACCAGUGAAAU